AUGGGCGACAUAAAGAUUGAUGGCAAGCUCUUCCAGGAGCGCAUAAACCAUUUCAUCAAUGCCUGGAAGAAUGACAAGCGCGCCGGCGACCAGAUCUUCGGCGGCGUGUCUUCCAUCCUGAUCAUGAUGGGCAAGGUCGAGGAGAAUCCAGAGUUCCACAAGAAUAAUUCCAUGCACUUCUGGCUUCUUGGCUACGAGUUCCCGACCACACUCAUGCUGUUCACGCUUGACUGCCUCUACGUUGUAACCACGGCAAAGAAGGCAAAACACCUCGAACAGCUGAAGGGCGGGAGGUUCCCUAUUGAAGUACUGGUCAGAGGAAAAGACGCGAGCGAGAACGAGAAGCUGUUCCUCAAAAUCGCCGACAGCAUCAAUUCCGCGGGCAAGAAAGUCGGUCUACUCACCAAGGAUACAUCUAAGGGACCUUUUGUCGACGAGUGGAAGAAGAUCUUUGCAGACAAAUGCAAGGAUGCUGAAGAGACGGACAUCGCGGUAGCUCUGUCGACCGCUGCCUUCUCAAUCAAGGAUGAGACCGAGUUGCGAGCCAUGCGAACCGCAUCGAAAGCCUGCGUUGCCCUCAUGAACCCGUAUUUCCUCGACCAAAUAACCAACAUCCUGGAUCAGGAAAAAAAGGUCAAGCAUAGCGCGCUAGCCGAGAAGGUGGACCGAAAGCUCGAUGAUGCGGCUUGGUGGAAAACGGUUCAAUUGCCGAACAAGCAAAAGCUGCCUUCGGACUUCGACUCCUCGCAGCUUGACUGGUAUCUUGGUCCCGCAGUUCAGAGUGGCGGAAAAUACGACUUGAAGCUCCAUGCCGAGCCCACCAAUGAUAACCUGCAUGCCGGCAUAAUCAUUGCGGGCAUGGGACUGCGAUACAGGUCGUACAGUUCGACCAUUGCCAGAACUUUCCUGGUUGACCCUAACAAGGUCCAAGAGAGCAAUUACAAACUUCUCUAUGCAGUACACAAUCAGGUCCUGAAGGAGAUCAGAGACGGCGUCACCGCCAGUGACGUUUACAAGAAGGCCAUCAGCUUGAUCAAGUCCAAGAAGCCAGAGUUGGAGAAGCAUUUCCUCAAAAACGUCGGCUCUGGAAUUGGCAUAGAGAGCAAGGAUCCUACCCUGGUUUUGAACGCGAAGAACUCCCGAACGCUCAAGGACGGCAUGACUUUAUGUGUCACGACGGGAUUCCAAGAUAUCGAGAACCCUCAGCCUCAAGACAAGCUCAGCAAGAACUACUCCCUGACCAUCACCGACACCAUUCGAGUCACUAACAGUGAGGCUGUCGUAUUUACCGGUGAUGCGCCCACAGACCUCGACGCUACGUCGUUCUUCUUCAAAGACGAAGAAGAGCAGCAACCGACUCCCAAAAAGGAGAAGAAGGAUGCUCGCGUGGGUGCUGUUGCUACUAAAAACAUCACUAACACAAGGCUCCGGUCGGAACGUUCGGCCCAGGUGGAUGAUGACCAGGAGAAGAAGCGUCGGGAGCAUCAGAAGGAGCUUGCCGCUAAAAAGCAGAAAGAAGGCUUAGCUCGCUUUGCUGAGUCUACUAGUGGCCAGAAUGGCACUGAGGUCAAGAAGUUCAAGAAAUUCGAAUCUUACAAGAGGGAAAAUCAGUUUCCUCCCAAGGUUCGAAACUUGGAGAUUAUUGUCGACCAGAAGAAUAUGACAGUGAUACUGCCCGUCAUGGGUAGACCGGUUCCAUUCCACAUCAACACCAUCAAGAAUGCAAGCAAAAACGACGAGGGAGAGUGGUCUUUCCUGCGUAUCAACUUCCUGUCUCCGGGUCAAGGAGUCGGGCGGAAGGAUGACCAACCCUUUGAAGACGCCUCCGCUCAAUUCGUUAGAAGCUUAACUUUCCGAUCCUUGGAUGGUGAUCGGUACGAUGAGAUUGCAACUCAAAUCUCCAACAUGAAGAAGGAGGCUACCAAGAAGGAGCAGGCCAAAAAGGACAUGGAGGACGUUAUUGAGCAGGAGAAGCUGGUCGAGAUACGGAAUCGCCGUCCUGCCGUUCUGGACAAUGUCUUCAUUCGUCCUGCUAUGGAAGGCAAGCGCGUUCCUGGCAAGGUCGAAAUCCACCAAAAUGGUAUUCGGUACCAAUCACCACUCAGCAGUCAGCAAAGAGUUGACGUGUUGUUCUCUAACAUUCGCCACCUCUUCUUCCAACCCUGCGCACACGAACUAAUCGUGGUUAUUCAUAUUCACCUGAAGGAUCCCAUACUCAUCGGCAACAAGAAGAAGACUAAGGAUGUACAAUUCUAUAGAGAAGCAACUGAUAUCCAGUUCGACGAGACGGGUAACCGCAAGCGGAAGUACCGCUAUGGCGACGAGGAUGAAUUCGAAGCUGAGCAGGAGGAGCGUCGGCGUCGUGCUGAGUUGGAUCGCCUCUUCCAGAACUUCGCCACCAAGAUUGCCGAAGCAGGCAAGAAUGAGUCACUUGAAGUUGACAUGCCUCUCCGAGAACUCGGUUUCAAUGGCGUUCCGUUCCGCAGCAACGUCUAUAUCCAGCCCACGACGGAUUGUCUGAUCCAGGUCACAGAGCCGCCUUUUAUGGUCAUCACACUGGACGAUAUUGAGAUUGCUCAUCUGGAACGUGUUCAAUUCGGGCUGAAGAACUUUGAUCUCGUGUUCGUUUUCAAAGACUUCACUCGUGCGCCAUAUCAUAUCAACACCAUUCCGGUCGAGUCGCUCGAAGACGUGAAGGAGUGGCUUGAUUCUUCCGACAUCCCUUUCGCCGAGGGUCCACUCAAUCUCAACUGGCCGACCAUCAUGAAGACGGUAACAGCCGACACCCACCAGUUCUUCGUUGACGGCGGCUGGUCGUUCCUCGCCAACGACAGCGACGACGAGGAUCAAGACGAUGAAGACGAAGAGUCGGCCUUUGAAAUAUCUGAGGAUGAUCUUGAAGAUGCUAGCGAGUCAUCUGAAGAAGAUUCCGACUUUGAUAGCAAUGCGUCUGCCGAAGCGAGCGAAGAGGGCUCGGACGACGACGAGGAAGAAGGCGAAGACUGGGACGAGCUGGAGAAGAAGGCGAAGCGAAAGGAUCGCGAGGGUGGCCUCGAUGACGAAGAUCGUGGUCGCAACACUAAGAAGAGACGACAUUAG